CGGGACGGUUGGCCCUAAUGCCACUGGUCCAUUUUUUUCCAGUUUUGCUCGAAUCGUAAGGAGCUUAUAAGCGCUUGCCAAGUGCUGGUCGCUUGUUAUCCUUCCUGCUCCUCGCCAUGUCCGGUAACGCCUUCACGUCCCUUACGUCCGCAGCCCUCAUUUCCCUUAGCAUUCUGGGUUCUGCAUACAUUGUUACCCAUCCCAACCUUACAGUACCAACAAUUUCUUCGAUUGUCCCUACAGCGGCUUCGAAAGCAGAGGUCCCAGUUUCUAAGGCAUCCCAGUUGGCAAAAAAUGCGUCCGCUGUAUUGAGCAAAAGGGCUGGUGCGAUCAUCAUGGGUGCAAUCGUCACCGUUGGUCUAGGUCUAGGAGUUGUCUCCUACAGAAGGAAGCGGUCAAGCAUCCCCAAACCCCCCAGAAAAUGAUCGGGGUGCAUUCCCUGCCAUUUCACAAAACAGAAAAUCACAUUAGUCGUAUCCUAUUUUUAUAUAUACUGCUAGCAGAACUCUGAGACUAUUGUUUUAACCUAGGCACAAUGAACGAAAUAUAAUAGAUGUAGCAAAGAGUUGUUCAUUGGGGUGG